AACCCACUUCCGGUAACGCAGUGACGUGUAUAAUGUGCGCCGGUUAGCUCUGUGGCUAAUCUCCGUGCUUUGCUGACAGGAUGGGAACUCAGAUCAAAGACGUAGUGAUUAAACCCGACACACCAAACACACUCCUCUUGGAGAAGCACGCAGAUUACAUCGCUGCUUAUGGCUCCAAAAAAGACGACUAUGAGUACACCCUGUCAGAGUAUCUGAGGAUGAGUGGGAUUUAUUGGGGUCUCACUGUGAUGGAUCUAAUGUCUCAGCUGCAUCGAAUGAACCGAGACGAGAUCAUUGACUUCAUUAAAGCGAGUCAACAUGAGUGUGGUGGCAUCAGUGCAAGUGUGGGACACGACCCCCACCUGCUGUACACACUGAGCGCUGUGCAGAUCCUGACCCUGUAUGACGCUGUUAAAUCGAUUGAUGUGGAUAAAGUAGUGGAAUAUGUUCGGGGGCUGCAGCAGGAGGACGGAUCAUUCGCAGGAGACAAAUGGGGUGAGAUCGAUACCAGGUUCUCCUUCUGUGCUGUGGCCACACUCGCUCUGCUGGGCAGGUUAGAUGCAGUAGAUGUGGAUAAAGCCGUGCAGUUUGUUCUGUCCUGCAUGAACUUUGAUGGAGGAUUUGGCUGUAGACCAGGUUCUGAGUCUCAUGCUGGACAGAUUUACUGCUGUACAGGAUUCCUCUCCAUCACUGGUCAGCUCCAUCGGGUGAAUGCUGAUCUGUUGGGUUGGUGGCUGUGUGAGAGACAGCUACCGUCUGGAGGACUGAACGGCCGACCUGAGAAGCUGCCGGAUGUGUGUUACUCGUGGUGGGUUCUCGCUGCACUGAAGAUCAUCGGCAGGAUUCACUGGAUCGAUAAAUCCAAGCUGAGGAGGUUUAUCCUGGCGUGUCAGGACGAGGAGACUGGGGGCUUCGCCGACCGACCCGGAGACAUGGUGGACCCUUUCCACACACUGUUCGGUGUAGCUGGUCUCUCUUUACUGGGUGAAGAACAAAUUAAAGCAGUGAAUCCAGUCUUCUGCAUGCCAGAGGAAGUACUGCAGAGAAUCAACCUCCACAUGGACCUGCUCACCUAAAGCACACACACACACGUGUUAUGAUGCAUCAUGAGCCUUUAAAGCUCUUCUGUGUAAAAGCUAAUGAUGUGUUUGUUUGUUGGUGAUGACGGAAACAUGAUCCUGUUUCUCUGAAGCCUGGAUACAGAACACUGUGUUAAUAUGCAGCUUUUCUCUAUUUAUUUGUACAGCAGGCUGGAGGAUGAUGUGUUUAAUAUGAAGCUUGUCCGUUGUACUGAACUAAAAAGAUAAAUAAAUAACUAAAAUUAGAUUAAA